AUGCAGAUCGAUUUUGAAAUCGAAGAUCUUAGUGAAUUGCCAGGGACCCAGCUUAUUACCUGGCAAGUUGAAUAUCCGGGCGAUCGGAUGUCUGAUCUUGGCAUCUCCAAGAUUUACGUAAGCCAGAAGGAUCUGGUUGGCAUUCUUCCAUUGGCUAUGGAAGCAGAGAUCUUGAACACUGCCAUUCUCACUGGAAAGACUGUAGCUGUCCCCGUCAAGGUGAUCUCUGUUGAGGAUGAUGGAACAGUCACUGAUCUUCUAGAAUCUGUGGAGUGCAGGUCCUCCGACGAAGAUGUGAUUAAGGUCUCUGAGAGAUGUGACUACGUCUUUGUGAAUGGGAAGGAAAUGAAAGGCAAGACCAACGUCCUCGUUCAUUUCACGUACCAGCAUCUGAGCGCCUCGCUGGAGAUGACCGUGUGGGUGCCCCGUCUCCCUCUGCAGAUCGAGGUCUCCGACACGGAGCUAAACCAGAUCAAGGGCUGGCGGAUCCCCAUUGUCUCGAAUAAGAGACCAGCUAGAGACAGCGAUGACGAAGAUGACGAUGAACGGAAGGGACGGGGCUGCACCCUCCAGUACCAGCACGCCAUGGUGCGGGUCCUCACGCAGUUUGUAGCCGAGCCCUCGGAUCCUGGAAGCCAGAUGGCUUAUCUGCUGGGCUCGGACUGGCAGGUGGACAUCACUGAGCUGGUGAGCGAUUUCAUACAGGUGGAAGAGCCAAGGAUCGCAAAGCUGCGAGACGGACAGGUGCUGGUGGGGCAGGAGCUCGGAAUGACAACUCUUCAGAUUCUGUCCCCGCUUUCUGACGCCAUCUUGGCUGAGAAGACUGUGACUGUCCUUGAUGAGAAGGUGACUAUUACCGACCUGGGAGUCCAACUCGUGACCGGGCUUUCACUUUCUUUACAACUGAGCCCCGGAAGUAACAAGGCCAUUUUUGCCACAGCGGUAGCGCAGGAAACGCUUCAGACACCGAAACAGGAAGCUGCUAUCAGUUGCUGGAUCCAGUUCAGCGAUGGGGCAGUCAUGCCCUUGGACAUUUAUGACGCCAAGGAUUUCUCUUUGGUGGCCACAUCUCUGGAUGAGAAAGUGGUCUCUGUCCACCAGAGCCCGAAAUUUAAAUGGCCCCUCAUCACCGCCGAGUCGGAAGGCCAGGGGCUGUUGGUAAGAGUGGAGAUGGUAAUCAGCGAAUCCUGCCAGAAAUCGAAAAGGAAGAGCGUUAUGGCUGUUGGUACUGGGAAUAUCAAGGUCAAGUUUGGGCAGAACGAUGCCAACCCCAACGCCAGCGACAGCAAGCGUGGAGGGGUCGGCAUGCAUCUGGAGAACCAUGCCAGUGACCGACGUCAGAAGACAAGUCUGCAGGAGAGGUCUCGGCAAGAUGGACCUUAUUACACCUCGUCGAUGGGCCAAGAGGAAACCAGAGGGGCCAGCACCCAGAAGUCCAUCUUGAGUAAAAAAGAGGACCGUGAGAGUCUUUUGGAUGAUGACAGCCAUAUGCAGAACAUCCCAAUAGACUUCACCAGCUUCCCUGCACAGGUAGACCUGCCGAGAAGCAAUGGAGACUCCGAAGAGGAUGACCUUGAGGAGACUCCUCGGGGCCUGAGUGACUUGGAGAUUGGGAUGUAUGCUUUGUUAGGUGUCUUCUGCUUGGCCAUCUUGGUCUUCCUUAUUAACUGUGUUACCUUUGCCUUGAAGUACAGGCACAAGCAGUCUCCCUUUGAAGAGCAAGAAGGCUUGAGCCAUUCUCAUGACUGGGUAGGGCUGAGCAAUAGGACAGAGCUGCUGGAGAACCAUCUCAACUUCUCCACACAGCAAGAGGAGUGCAUUACAGCCAUUGACCGAGGCAUGGACUUGGAAGAGAGCAAAUAUCUCCUCACUGCCAAUGCCCAGAAGAACCUCAAUGGCCAAGUCUUCCGGCCCUCGGAUUCUGCCCCCUUCCCGGAAGGGAAGGAGCAGAAGAAUGAACAGACAGCCUCACCCACCUCCAAGCGGAAACGCGUCAAGUUCACCACCUUCACCACCAUCUCUUCAGAUGACGGCUGCCCCACCGUCAACUCCAUCUUGACAAGCAGUGAGGAUGAUAUCAAAUGGGUUUGUCAAGACAUGGACCUGGGGGAAUGCAAAGAAUUAAGGAACUAUAUGGAACGGCUACAUGAAAAUGCAUAA